AUGUCUGUCGCGGGGGGAAUAUGGGCUCCAGCAGCCCUACGCCUCCUCCGCGUCGGCCUCACCAAAACUACAAAAGUAAUACGAGCCAAACUCGCCAAUGCUACCCGUCCUGUCGUCCAGGCGGAAUUCGCCCACAUUCCCAUCCGCACGACCGGCCGACAGCCUAUCCAUCCAUCUGCUCUCCUCCGACAGAAACGAGCGGGACGCUGGUACUCGACACAGGGCGUUCAGAACACCGUCCGCCGGUGGAUCUCCACGAGCGGCUCCAGCACCUCCGGUAACGCGAGCGGCAGCACACGCUUCAGUCGAGCAUCGUUCCCAACUUCCAACACAGCCCGAAGUGUAGGACAAUCAACUGGCCGCGCCCCCUUCGCGAGUACGCUCCGGCCGAACCUUACCGGCGGUGCUAUCGCUCGCACCCAAGGCGGCUACACCCUUGGCGGAGGCAGUGGGGUCCGCUACUUCUCUCACACCCCGGCCGCGCCGGCGCAAGUGAUUCAAAAUGUCUCGGUUGCAAUGCGCGCUUUCUGUCUCUCGGGCCAGAAGGUCAGAUAUGAUGGUCUCAACGGCCGUGGUGACAAGCGCUACCGUGCCGUCUCGGAGCUUGAGCAGGCCGCGUACGUCAAGAUGAUGGGUGCUUCUGCCCGCGGAAACCCCGGCUCCUUCGUCGACUUCCACAUCAGCCCCACCGUUACAGCUCUUAGCCCCCUGGCUACGGCCGCUGCUGCGGGCUUUACCUCUGCUAAUGUCGAGGCCCCUGCCACCACUCUUAACGAGGACGGCUUCUUGGACGUCUUGUCGAUUGACUUUGCUCGGGCGCUCAAGGACCUUGCUGUCAUCUUUGCGGAUCUGAAGAGGCUCGCUGUCUUGGGCGAUUUGCCCAUCACUAUGGAGAAGGAAAGUGUGUUACGGGUGCGAUUCCCCGGGGUUGACGCCGAGACUGUUGAGCGGUUAUGCGAUGACGCCGGCGUUCAACGUGGUAUUGUGGGUCAAGAUGCCGAUUUCGACGCCGGCAUUGGUGCGCCGAUGGCCCUCCACUUUCCGCAUGCCCCUGGUGACGAUGCGAAAACCAUCACAUCGCCCGGCGGCUCUGCACGAUCGCUCUCCGGCAUUGAUGUUGACUUGGACGAGGCGUUCAUGGAUGAGAUGGAAGAACACUCUUGGAUGUCUGACCCCGAGGGGUACGAGAGCAUGAUGCCCACUCCAAAGACAAGUGAACAGGGCUCGGAUGACUAUGAUGGCUUGGAGGGCAUUUACAGAUUUCUCGAGGAGUGCGACCGCAACAAGGACCGUUUCUAA